AUGGAUAUUCAUGUUCUUCAAAGCCAGCCCGCCCAGAAGGUCGCGUUUAAAGACUCUUCCACGGUUCGUGUGGGUAAUAAACUUGUUCGCAAUAAGCCACCCACCCAGCCCUCUGCUAUGCGACCCAAGCAUUUGGUCCGCGGCGGGUUUCAGCCGCGCCUUCCGACUUCGCUGCCGCCCCCAGGGCAGCAGCAGCAGCCGUCGCCGCUACCACGCCGACAGCCCGUCCCGUUAAUGCCUCCCGCGCAGCUUCAUACGGGAGCGCCCCGGGUGGUCGCUCCGGCGCCUGCGGUCCCUCUUCGGUCGCCACCGCCUUCGGAGCUGAUGGACGUCGACCCCUCAGCCGGGCCGCCUUCCCCAGCGGUGGCUGUGCAGCCUGUACUGCAGCCGCUUUCCUUGGGCACCCCCAAGGAGUCUGACACCGCAGCGCCUUGUCCGGCGCCCACUCAGCAGCCGUCGACGCAGCGUCAGGAGACGCUGCCUCUCUUCGUGGGUCCCGACGCCCCGUCGCGUCCAGUACCAGAAGCUGCGCCCGUGGUCACAGGCGUGCACCCUGACCUCGGUUUUCAGACGCGUCGACAGUCUCUGCGAGCAGCGCGCUGUCAGUCGCGACCCGUGGCGCACUCCACUGUCCCACUGCCGCCGCUGCACAGCCAUCCAGCUGAGCGAUUCGUCCGCAUCUCGCCUCCAUCUGGCAGCCCGUCGCCAUCGUCCUACAGGUAA